CUGGAGCUCAUUGAUGACGCGACCCUCACGUGACCAGGAGUCGACGUGUGCAGAAGUCCUUAUAGUCCAGGGCCUGUUUCCCUGUAGCUGCUACGUAUUGCUGGAGAAGGAGAAAAGUGCCCCGGAUCCUUUCAGGACUCUUGGUCUUUGGACGCGACACAGAUCGAGUGAGGGAAGAGGCAGGAAAAUCCCCUGGAUCCCUGCAGAAUUAAUUUAUUCAAAAGAAAUAACAGAAAAAUACUCAACAUGCAAAAGUCUUGUGAAGAAAAUGAAGGAAAACCACAGAACAUGCCAAAGGCAGAGGCAGGCCGCCCUUCAGAAGCUGUACCACAGGAGGCAGAAGGAAAUCCUCAACCUUCCGAAGAAGGUGUAAGCCAGGAAGCAGAAGGAAAUCUUAGAGGAGGGCUGACCCAACCUGGCCAGGGGUUUAAAGAGGACACUCCUGUGAGGCAUUUGGACCCUGAAGAAAUGAUAAGAGGAGUAGAUGAGUUGGAAAGGCUUAGGGAAGAGAUAAGAAGAGUAAGAAACAAGUUUGUGAUGAUGCAUUGGAAGCAAAGACAUUCACGCAGCCGCCCUUAUCCUGUGUGCUUUAGGCCUUGAAUUUUUUUGUCUGAUAUUAAAUCUGGCCCCUGCUUUCUUUCUGUUAGCGUUUUCUGAUGUAUCUUUGACUUUCGUUUUAUUUUAAUCAUCUGGUGGAAUUUUUUUUAGGUAGUUCCCUUGUUACCAGCAUCUCACUGGAUUUUGUAUUUUGACCCAUUCUCCAGGUCUGUUUUUCAAUUGGAAAGUUUCACACAUAUGCAUGAAAAUAUAUUCAUUCUAUAUUGUAAAGUAAAACAUAACCGGUUACAAAGCAGUAUAUUUAGUAUCAGCUCACAUAUGUAGGAUUAAAUCCCAAAUUGUGUGUGUGCGUGCGUGUGUAUACAUACAUACAUAUAUCAAAAAAUUAACUGCUUAUUUCUGUGUAGCGUGAGCUUUUUUCUUUUUGCUUAUAUGUAUUUUUUCAUGAACACGUGUCACACACACAAAAAGAAUAAAAGUUUUAUAAGUAAGAGUCAAAUAAUUUGCAACCAGCUUAUAAGGGCAAUGGGGGCACCUAAAUUCUUGAUGGAAUAACUAAAAGAAAUAUGUAAACCUCAAACUACCUCUGGAUCUCUUAGCCAGAGGAAUAAAACUGGCAAUUAUUGCAGA